AUGGCUGAUGAUGAUGUUAUUAUGCAGGAUGAGCCAGCCAAGAAGGAGCCAGAGCCUGAGGAGAAGGUUGAUCAGCAGUUUGUUAAGUUCUUGGAUUUAUUUAACCAGUUUAGGAUUAACCUACCUUUUAUUGAGGCUAUAUCGCAGAUGCCCAAUUAUACAAAGUUCUUGAAGAAGAUUCUAAGCAAUAAGAGAAAGUUGGAGGACUUGGGACUUGUGACAUUAAAUGAGGAGUGCUCAGCCAUUCUUCAAAAUAAGCUACUAGUGAAGAGGCGUGAUCCAGGGAGUUUCAUUGUACCCUGUAUUAUUGGUGAUUUACUUAUUAAUGACACUUUAGCUGAUUUAUGUGCUAGCAUCAAUCUACUGCCUAGCAGUUUGUUUAAGAAAUUAGGUUUGAGUGAACCUAAACCUACUAGGAUGAGCAUACAGUUAGCAGAUAAGACUGUAAAAUAUCCUAGGGGAAUAUUUGAGGAUGUACUUGUUAAGGUAGACAAGUUUAUAUUUUCCAUUAAUUUUAUUGUUAUGGAUAUGGAAGGGGAUGAGACUAUUACCUUUGACCUUAGCACUUCUAUGAGACAUUCACUUAACCAUGAUGAUACUGUGUAUUCUGUGGAUAUUUUGGAUGAUAUUGUGGAGUCUCCAUUACAGGAGAUAUUAUUUGAUGAUCCUUUGCAGAUAGCAUUACAAGCUGAUGAUGAUGAGGAGUUGUCCAACGAGGAUAUGUUGGAGCAACUUACUUGUUUACUGGCUAGUGAGCCAAACAGGUCUACUGACCAUUUUAUUAAUAUUCACAGGUCAGGUGUGCAUAAAUCUAGACCUUCACUUGAGGAGCCACCAGCCCUAGAGUUGAAGGAGCUGCCUAAGCACUUGACCUGUGUCUAUUUAGAUGAGGCAGAGAAGUUAUCGUAA